AAGUACGUGAAAUUGUGCGUGAACUUAGAAAGGCUGCGUGUUUCACGGAGCAAUCUCUGGUGUGUUCUUCUCUUCAGCAGUCAAUGGAGCGGUGUGGAUUAUCAAUUCAAGUUAGAGUUGAUUUUCCGAAUUUUGUAGGCUUUUAGGGAUUGACUUUCCGUUUCCUUCUGUCCAGCAUUAAAAAAAAAAGCCUUAAGACUUGGUAUUCUAUAUUUGAGCUGCAACUUGGCUUACACGUUUUACAUUUAAAAUGUCAGUGGUAGGGUUUGAUGUGGGCUUUCAGAAUUGUUAUGUUGCGGUGGCUAGAGCCGGUGGAAUAGAGACUGUAGCAAAUGAAUACAGCGACAGAUGUACACCGGCAUUCGUAUCUUUUGGACCCCGAAAUCGGGCAAUAGGAGCCGCUGCCAAGAGCCAGGUGGUCACAAACUGCAAGAACACUGUGCAAGGCUUUAAGCGAUUCCAUGGCAGGGCGUUCACUGACCCGUAUGUCCAGUCGGCAAAGCCCGGCCUGGUGUACGACCUUGCACAGAUGCCCAGCGGCACCACUGGCAUCAAGGUCAUGUACAUGGAGGAAGAGAAGGUCUUCAGUAUCGAGCAAGUCACCGCCAUGUUGCUCACCAAGCUGAAGGAAACGGCCGAGGCCGCACUCAAAAAGCCAGUGGCAGACUGCGUCAUUUCUGUUCCCAGCUUCUUCACUGAUGCUGAGAGAAGAUCGGUCAUGGACGCCGCACAGAUCGCGGGCCUCAACUGCUUGCGACUUAUGAAUGACACCACGGCAGUUGCCCUGGCAUAUGGCAUCUAUAAGCAGGACCUUCCAGCCCCAGAGGAGAAGCCCAGGACAGUUGUGUUUGUGGACGUGGGCCAUGCUGGCUACCAGGUCUCUGCCUGUGCCUUUAAUAAAGGAAAACUGAAGAUCCUGGCCUCUGCGUUUGACCCCGAGCUUGGCGGCAAAGAUUUCGACGAGAUGCUGGUGAAGCACUUCUGCGACGUGUUUAGCAAGAAGUAUAAGCUGGACGUGCGGUCCAAGCCUCGCGCCCUCGUGCGCCUCUACCAGGAGUGUGAGAAACUGAAGAAGCUGAUGAGCGCCAACGCCUCAGACCUGCCGCUAAACAUCGAGUGCUUCAUGAACGACAUAGACGUCAGCAGCAAGCUCAACAGAGGCGAGUUUGAGGAGAUGUGCGCAGGCCUGCUUGGCAGAGUGGAGGCUCCCCUACGCAGCGUCAUGGAACAAGCCAAGUUGAAGAAGGAGGACAUCUAUGCGGUGGAGAUCAUAGGCGGGGCCUCCAGGAUCCCUGCCAUCAAAGAGCAUGUCAGCAGAUUCUUUGGGAAGGAGCUGAGUACUACGCUGAACGCGGAUGAGGCGGUGGCCAGGGGCUGCGCACUGCAGUGCGCAAUCCUGUCACCUGCCUUCAAAGUGCGCGAGUUUUCCAUCACAGAUGUGGUCCCAUACCCCAUCUCGCUGAAAUGGAAUUCAGCAGCUGAAGAAGGCAUGGGUGAUUGUGAAGUUUUCACAAAGAACCAUCCUGCCCCCUUCUCUAAAGUGUUGACGUUCUACCGUAAGGAGCCUUUCUCUUUAGAGGCCUACUACAACAAUCAAAAGGACCUUCCGUAUCCUGAUCCUAACAUAGGUCAGUUCUUUAUCCAGAAGGUGACGCCACAGGCUUCAGGCGAGAGCUCAAAGGUGAAGGUGAAGGUACGCGUGAGCGUUCACGGCAUCUUCAGUGUGUCCAGUGCCUCCCUGGUUGAGGUGCUCAAGCCUUCCGAGGGGGAGGAGCCUAUGGAGACGGACACGGCCACCAAAGAAGAGGAGAACAAGAUGCAGGUGGACCAGGAGGAGCAGAAGGGGCAGGCUGACGGGCAGAAGGAGAACACUGAUAAGAAAUCUGAUACAGAGGAAAUGGAGACCUCGACGGAGGAGAACAAAGAAAAGGAAAAGAGGCCUGACCAGCCCCCACAAGCCAAGAAAGCCAAAGUGAAGACAAAGACAGUGGACCUGCCCAUAGAGAACAGCCUACACUGGCAGCUUGCGAAUGACAUGCUCAAUCUGUUUGUUGAGAAUGAGGGAAAGAUGAUCAUGCAGGACAAGUUGGAGAAAGAGCGGAACGAUGCCAAGAACGGUGUGGAGGAGUAUGUGUACGAGAUGAGAGAGAAGCUGCACGGCGCACUUGAGAAGUUUGUCAGUGAGGAAGAUCGAGAUGCUUUCGCUCUAAAACUUGAGGAUGUGGAAAACUGGUUGUAUGAAGAAGGAGAGGACCAACAGAAACAAGUGUACAUUGAUAAGCUAUCAGAGCUGAAGAAACUGGGGCAGCCCAUCCAGGAAAGGGCACUGGAAGCAGAAGAGAGACCAAAAGCUUUCGAUGAACUUGGAAAACAAAUCCAGCAGUAUAUGAAGAUUUUGGAAGCUUACAAAGCAAAGGAUGAACUCUAUGAUCAUUUGGACGAAUUGGAGGUCAUGAAGGUGGAAAAGCAGGUGAAUGAUGGCAUGAACUGGAUGAACAGCAAAAUGAAUGAACAAAUGAAACGGAGCCUUACGCAGGAACCUGUGGUCAAAGUUCGUGAAAUUCAAGCCAAAACUAAGGAAGUGUACUCCGCUUGCAACCCCACUCUCUCCAAGCCCAAGCCCAAAGUGGAGCCACCUAAGGAGGAGAAAGAACCUGAACAGAAUGGCCCAGUCAAUGGACAGGAGAAAUCGGAGGCCCAGCCCUGCAGCCCCGAGGAAGGCAAGGACCUGUCUGCCCCAGAAUCUGCAGAGGCCAAGCUGUCUGAGAUGGAUAUUGACUAACGCUUAGUGUCGUCCCCUCCCCACCCGCUUCUCUCAGCCUGCCGAUCUCACGCCUCCAAAAACGGACUGAAAAAAGCUAAAGUUAGCAUUUCGGCUUGACCUUUUUUGUUUGUUUGUUUAGGUUUUUUUUUUUUUUUUCUUCAGUGAUCCUGUUGCUCCUGCAAAUACUUGUGAACUCGCCGUUUAUGGCCUGUUUAUUUAGCAUUUGUUUUUGUUGUAUAAAAAAGAUGGCACUUAUGCGCAUCCAAUGGGCUCUUCAUAUUAAAGAACAAUUUUGUGUGGAGGAUGGGAACUUCGUCUCUGUGUUGCUUUAAAAUGUCCAUAGCUGUGGAAACCCCUUCUGGAACAUCAAUUCUUAAGGUACUUAGAAACUAGGAGCCACUGCUAUCUUUUCUUUUCCCUCUCUGUUUGAGGACUCUCUUGGCUUUUAGGACAAGUUGCUUUGGGAUUAGUGAGCUGCCACUUAAGGUUCGUUCAUGUCUAAAAAGGAAAAGGUGAAGUAAAGUAGAAGAGCAAUGAAAAACAAAAUGGUAGUUCACUAAGACCAAGAUGGGUAUUAAAUGUCCACUGUGUGUUGAAGUAGACAGCAUUUACUGUUAUGCAGUAUUUCAUUGUAAAAGGCACAUACUUUUAUGGCAAAUACUUGUGUAUGGUUGCCUUCUGGAAAACCUGUAGUUUUUGUAUUUCCACGCCGAAGCCAGUGUGAAUGGAAGAAAUCUACUUGGUGUCUUUUUUUCACCACUUACAAAAAGUUAAUAAACCAUUUUUGGAACACGGGAA